CAGUUCUGCUGACAGUCUGCUGCAUGAGGAGGAAGAAAAAGACGUCUAACCCUGAAAACAACCUGAGCUAUUGGAAUAAUGCUAUUACCAUGGACUACUUCAACAGGCAUGCUGUCGAGUUACCGAGAGAGAUCCAGUCGCUGGAGACUUCAGAGGUACCUCACUUGCAGAACUCAUGUCUGAAAACGGUAACUGAAGCCGUGCUGGGCGAGGAGGAGAGGAAGCCGUAUUAA